AUGAGUUCCAUUUCUUCCUCAGCCACUAAUGAUCAAAUUCUUGAAGAGCUUCACAAGCUCAAGACUAUGCAGACAACAGUAUACAUUGUCCAUAUGUCACCUCCUAUCACUUCUCGGCUUUUUCUAAAUGUGAAAAGGUUAGGAAUGAUGGAUGAAGGGCAUGCUUGGAUUGUAACUGCUAAAACCAUGAACCUGCUGCAUACCAUGGACUCUUUUUCCAUUGAGUCAAUGCAAGGAGGAUUGGGUUUCAAGUCUUACAUUCCAGUGUCAAGCGAGCUCCAUAAUUUCACUGUAAGAUGGAGAAGGGAAUUUCACAUUCAAAACUCAAGUUUUGAAGUGGCAGAGUUGAAUGCGUUUGGUAUAUGGGCAUAUGAUGCAACUUGGGCACUAGCAAGGGCAGUUGAGAAGGUUAAAAAUAGCAGUCCCAGUACAAGAGACUCUCACCAACGUGGCAUGGGGCCAAACUUGAUGGACUUGCCCAACAUUGAAGCCUCUCAAAGUGGGUCAAUGCUUCUAAAAGAAAUAUUACAAAGUAGAUUUGCGGGUUUAAGUGGCGAGUUUCAACUCUUGAAUGGGAGAUUAAUUUCCAAGGCCCUUGAAGUAGUGAAUGUGAUCGACAAAGAUGAAAGAAGAGUUGGGUUUUGGACACCAACAGAUGGAAUUAAAAAGCAAAUGUACCCAUCCAACAACAGUCUUGAAGCCAUUCUAUGGCCGGGCAAUUCUACAACCACUCCAAAAGGUUGGUUGGUGAGAAAGAGUGGAAAAAAGCUUAGAAUUGGUGUUCCUCCUAAAUCAAGGUACAAGGAAUUGGUAAAUGUAGAACGCAAUCCUCAAACCAAUGCAACCACUGUCACUGGCUUUUGUGUAGAUGUAUUCAAUGCUGCCAUUGAAGCCUUAAAAUAUGAGUUGCCUUAUGAAUUUAUCCCAUUUGAAGAUGCCAAUGGAGAGACUGCAGGAAUAUACAAUGAUCUUAAAUAUGAUGUUGUUCUGGGGGAUGUCACUAUCACAACCAAUAGAUCUUUAUAUGUCGACUUUACAUUGACUUACACCGACAUAGGCAUUGGAAGAGUAGCUCGAGUUGACAUGAAGAAGAACAUGUGGAUCUUCUUGAAGCCACUUGAUUCAGAUCUAUGGCUAACAAGUGCUGGUUUCUUUAUCCUAACAGGCUUUGUGGUUUGGAUCAUUGAAAAUCCCAUAAAUGAAGAAUUCCAAGGAGAGAGGUUGUUCAGUAACUUAUCAACGUUUGUAGUGAUUGUUUGGCUGUUCGUGGUGCUUAUAUUGACUUUAAGCUACACAGCGACCUUGACUUCACUGUUGACUGUUCAACAGAUUCAAUUGGCGUCAAAUGGGGAUUAUAUAGGGUUCCCAAAAAAGUCUUUUGUACAAGGAGUCAUAGUUAGAAACUUGAACUUCACGGACUCUAGGCUUAAAUUAUAUAAUUCACAUGAAGAAUAUGCUGAUGCAUUAUCCAGUGGAAGUGUUGCUGCUAUUAUUGAUGAGAUCCCAUACCUCAAGAUCUUCCUCGCCAAGUAUCCUGGUACCUAUGUAUAG